AUGGCACCUUCAACACUAACAGCUCUAGCUAAUGAAAAGACCCUUCAAACAAGUUUUAUUAGGGAUGAAGAAGAACGUCCAAAAGUGGCUUACAAUAAAUUUAGUGACGAAAUUCCAGUAAUAUCGUUGCAAGGUAUUGAUGAUAUUAAUGGAAGUCGAAGAAGUGAAAUAUGUGAGAAAAUUGUAAAUGCUUGUGAAGAUUGGGGUGUUUUUCAGGUAACUGAUCAUGGGGUCGAUGCUCAAUUAAUAUCAGAAAUGACAAAAUUGGCAAAGGAAUUUUUCGAAUUGCCUCCUGACGAAAAGCUUCGGUUUGACAUGUCUGGUGGCAAGAAAGGCGGCUUUAUUGUCUCAAGCCAUUUACAGGGUGAAGUGGUUCAAGACUGGCGUGAAAUAGUGACCUACUUUUCAUACCCAAUUCGAGCUAGAGACUACUCUAGAUGGCCAGACAAACCACAAGGCUGGAAAGCUGUAACUGAGAAAUACAGUGAAAAAUUAAUGGACUUAGCUUGCAAAUUAUUAGAAGUACUGUCAGAGGCAAUGGGCUUAGAGAAAGAGGCUUUAACCAAGGCAUGUGUGGAUAUGGACCAAAAAGUAGUUGUCAAUUUUUACCCAAAGUGUCCAGAGCCUGACCUUACCCUUGGGCUGAAACGACAUACUGAUCCAGGAACCAUCACCCUCUUGUUACAAGACCAAGUUGGUGGGCUUCAAGCCACUAAAGAUAAUGGCAAAACUUGGAUCACUGUUCAGCCCGUUGAAGGCGCUUUUGUUGUUAAUCUUGGUGAUCAUGGUCAUUAUUUGAGCAAUGGGAGGUUCAAGAAUGCUGAUCAUCAAGCAGUUGUGAAUUCGAAUAGCAGCAGAUUAUCGAUAGCCACUUUUCAGAAUCCAGCACCGGAUGCAAAAGUGUAUCCGUUAAAAAUUAGGGAAGGAGAGAAGGCAAUAAUGGAUGAGCCGAUUACAUUUGCAGAAAUGUACAGGAGGAAAAUGAGUAAGGAUCUUGAGCUUGCUAGGCUCAAGAAACUGGCCAAGGAACAGACUGAAGAGGCCAAGUUGGAGUCCAAGCCCAUUGAGGAAAUUCUUGCUUAAGUUUUACAAUUUUAACACUUACAAUAUUGGAUCUUGAAACAAGAGGCUACGCGUGUAAUUUCUUUUAUCAGUAUUGUCUUGAAUAACAAUAAAUCAUGUUCUUGU